GGAAGUCAAUCGGCGGAGCUCCGAGAUCUCGCGUGUAGGAAUGGUCGGCGACCAACCAAAACAUCCAGUGCCGACCCCCCGUUGCAUCCAUCCAUCCAGAUAAAGCUCUUGGGAGUGGGUGACUGAGCCAUGUCAUGGGGUUCAUAUCUAUGCAAGAUAUAAUAACCACCCGAAGGGACGUACUUAGGUAGAAACCCGUCUCGUCUCAUGUUACUCUGGUGGACUGAUCUUACCUCUCAGAACCUAGAUACUUGUACAGUACCGUACUUCUCCUCCCCCCACACUCUCAACUGCCAGCUGCCAGCUGACAGCAGCCCGGCCAAGAUAGACGCUAACGAACGCCGAACGGCGACGCUGCAUGGCGCCCCCACUACCUUACCUUGCCUUACCUACCUAGAAGGACUAGCGCAGCCGUCCUGUGCAAUCGCGCCUUCCAAUCCCUCUCGAGCCUCCGAUUGCGAAGCUCUCAUCUCCCCAAGAGAACCAAAAGAAUCCUCCAAGAAACUCUAGUCUCGGGGAUCUCUUGUCUCUCGAUCCCGACCAUUCGACCACUGGAAUCACGUCACUCGACCCCUGCUCUCGCGUGAGUUGAGCCACCGUUCGCCCCUUCAGGUCCCAAGGCCCCCCCGCUCCCGCAGGCUCGCACCAUCUUUUCGGACUGGGACAUGCAGACGCCCCAUGUCUCUCGGUCGUGAUGGCGUUCGCCCGCGAUGAUGCCACGGAAGUAGCAGCAUCUCUUCCUCCUCCUUCGUCCGAUUUCCAGACCCAGCAGCAACCGCGAUCCCGAUCGACCGCCAACACCCCGCAGGCCUUAAGUAGGCGUGCUUCCUACGAUGAUAGCACCCCGGCCUCGCCGCGCUCGCUCUCCCGCAGGCAGAGCACCAACGACCGUAUCAACGAGAUCUUAGAGACAGCACGAGACCGCGCGCAAGCAAUGGGCAGCGGACUAUCGACGACCCGCUCCGCCCCCGCCAGCCCCCCGCGCCACUACUCCCGCGCCGACGGCUCCCCUGAUGAGAGCGUCGGCAUCAUCUCCCGCGGCCCGGCCCGUAACUACCAGAGCAUGAACGCCACGCCGGCGCCGCUUUCCCAAUCCGACCCGCAGGCCGGUCUGCGGCCCCGCAAGUCGGCCCAACCGACCCGGAGCCACCUACCGGCUCAGACCGAGACUGAGGAGGAGGAGGAGGAGGAAGACUACGACGCCGUGGUUGCGCGGGAGGAGCGAGAGCUGGCGGCGCGGACCAAGGAGCCGUGGUACACGGUCUUCCUGUCGAGCUUCCACAGCAUCGAGCUAGAGAACAAGGGCAGCGUGGCCCGCGACCACCUUGCACUCGAACGGACCUUCCUUGCCUGGCUCCGUACCUCCCUGGCCUUCGCCUCGAUAGGCAUCGCCGUGACCCAGCUCUUCCGCCUCAACUCGUCCCUCUCCAACCCCGACUCGACCGACUCCAACGCCCACACCCUCCGCCAGCUGGGCAAGCCCCUCGGCGCUACCUUUCUCGGCAUCAGCAUCCUCACUCUCUUCCUCGGUUACCAGCGCUACUUCCGCGCACAGCAGUGGAUUAUGAAGGGCAAGUUCCCCGCGAGCAGGGGCACCGUCAUCAUCGUCUCCUUCGUGGCCUUUGCCCUGAUGGCGGUGAGCCUGGUCGUGGUCGUGGUCGUGAGCCCCACGAGUAGAGAGCGUUGAUUUUUAUGUCAUUUGGUUGGGGGGGGGUUGAGUCUGUUUCGAUGUCUAUACUUGACAGAGUUUGGCGCGGGACUACUUUUGUCAGAGCUACGUGUCUGAAUCAUGUUUUUUAUGUACAUCCAAUAUCACGCAGGAAAUGAGCAAACUAUAUACCCCUUUUCAAAGCCGGCGGGCAGAACACUCGUCAUCACGGGACGAUACGUGCAGCAUAUCGUGGGGACCACGGUUCAUCCGGAAUGAACACCAGACGGGCCA